UCAUCCGACGCAGACUAGGUCAUCGGAUCAAAAAUGGAAAAAUAAAUAAUUUGCCUAAAUAACAUUGUUUUGACUACCAAUUCCUAAUAUUUUGUUCUAAGUACAUUUUGGACUACUGUAUAUUAAACCAUAAAAACUCUCCCUGUAAACCCUACAAGGGAGUUUUUUUUCUAGGCCUUUGACUGAGGCUUCGUCGGCCCCUUGGCUCGGACCCCUCCAUCGGACAUGUCGGACCCCAUGUUGGCAAAUUUCUGGCGCCCAGCAUUUCAAAGUGAUUUAGGAUGAAACACGCAUUUUUGCAGAAACAAUGCAUGAUCAUAAAUUUGUCAUGCAUUUGACAUAAGUUUAUACAUGGUAACAAAUUCAGGGAAAAUAUAUUAAAAUGAGAAGAAAUUGGUUUUACAGUAUUGAAAAUACUGUAUAAAAAUGGCCAUGCAGUAACUUGAUCAUUAAAGAGCUUCCAUUAUCUCAUUCAAGAAUCUAUUCACCAAGAAGAUUUCUCUUUCCUGACCAAAGCAGCAGAGCCAACCGUGCACUUAGUAGAGUCUGACGCUUGUGCGGUCUUGCAUGUUCAUUGUCGCAACCAACCUCAGAUCGUCUCUGUAUACACGACUGCCGUGGAUUUACUUGACCUUUUGGAACUUAAACAAAAUAGCAUAUUUUGUUAAAACUUGAUCACAUUCCUUGCCACAUCUCCAUUCUAAUUGCCUUGGAAAUGGCAUUGUCAGACUUUUUUUGCAAUUUAUUUUUCUAAACGUAAUGAAAUUUACAUCAAUUCUAAAUUAUGCUACUUUAUGGUAUUUUUUCAUGAAAUUAUGCAUAGCAUUAAUGCUACAUCCUUCAGGGGUCCUUUUAUGGGAUUACAGUACAGUAUUAUGAAAAAUGAGGUGUUAGUAGAGUAUUUGAGUAUUUUUAAGUGUAUAGCGCCACCAGUCGUCUGCCUCAAAACGUCUUCCCUUGAGAUAUUUCAGCUAAAGACGGCUGGCAAUCAACGACUAUCAAACUAACCAAUGAAAAUAAGGAUUCAACGGCCCUAGCGAGCCAUUUGAAUUUUUAAAUUAGUAACGUACUGAAAUUAAAGAAGAUGGCCACUUUGAAGUAUGACCUUUCAGAUGAUGAUGUUGAAAUAUCAACAGGAAGCAUUGCCUGCAAAGAUCUCUUUGAGAACUUGCUUACGCCAAUGAAGAUGACACGACAAUCGGUCGCACACAGUAGUGAACCGAUUAAAGUGUAUUUGAGAAUCCGGCCCUUCACUGGUACUGAAGUAGAAGAUGGCGAGUCACAGAAUUGUAUGGAAGUGGUGGAUAACUCGUUUCUACUAACGCAUGCCCCCCAUGAAAGCUUCAACUUCAAAAAUAUUACACGUGUGGGAGGAGCUUUGACGCACAAAUAUACUUUCUCAAACAUUUUUCAUGAAGACACCAGUCAAAAGCGGUUCUUUGAUGAGAUGAUGUUAGGAACCGUGAAGGAUUUUGUAGAUGGACAGAACAGCUUAGUGUUUACGUAUGGUGUCACAAAUGCUGGGAAAACACACACAAUACAAGGCAAUGCCCAGGAUGGAGGCAUCUUACCACGUUCAUUAGAUGUUAUCUUUAACAGCACCAAGGGCAGGCUUUACCCUGGAAUGCAGAUGAAACCUAAGCUGUUUGCUGAUGUCAUUAUGCUGAAUGAAACACAACUGAAGGCGGAGGAAGAUAAGAAAGCCGCAGUUUUGCGUUUAGCUGUUCCCAAUAUUGGAGAUGACAGCAAUGUUUCUGAAUCAGACUCUUCAAGAUUAUCAGAAAACUCAAUUGCUGAGGAUUCAACAUUUUCAAUAGCCCUAGAUGAAACAAAAGAUGGAGAAUCUGUUUCCAACAUCUUAAACGACAUUAAUCUGAGAAUUACAGACAACACGUCGGUAGAAAUUGAGUCACAGGGACCAGUCAAAUUUUCAAUCUGGAUUUCAUUUGUUGAAAUAUACAAUGAAUAUAUAUAUGAUCUACUAGAGCCUAUGCCCAAGGGCAAGAAAGCUCGUAGACCUACACUGAAACUUGCAGAGGACAAGAAUGGUAAUGUUUAUAUAAAAGGUUUGACAGAGGUGAUGGUCACAUCGUCUGAUGAAGCAUACAAGAUGCUCAAGAUUGGCCAGAAGAAUCUAAGCUUUGCUUCUACCAAACUGAACUACCGCUCCAGCCGUAGUCACUGCAUGUUCAGAAUUAAAGUGCUACGUGUUGUUGACAUGGCCGAGCCACAUGUAGCCAGAGUCAGCAUGUUGUCAUUUUGUGAUCUGGCAGGCUCUGAGAGGUCUACCAGGACACCGAGUGUUGGAGACAGAAUGAAGGAGGCUGCCAACAUUAACAACUCGCUGCUGACAUUAAGAAAAUGCAUCAAGGUGUUGAGAUACAAUCAGCACCAUCAACAAAAAGGUCAGAAGGUGAUUCCGUUUCGGGAAAGCAAGUUGACCAGAUUGUUCCAGAGCUUCUUCAUGGGUCAUGGAAAAGCAUCGAUGAUAGUUAAUGUCAACCAAUGUGCCUCAGUAUUUGAUGAGACUAUGCAUGUGCUCAAGUUUUCUGCCAUAGCCAAACAGGUGACAACAGUCACUUCAGAACUUGAAAAGAAGUUGGAAGAGGUGAUAAACCCAAAGAUAGCAGCUGCUAGAGUUUUGUCCAAUAAUCAGGCUGCCAAAACUCCUCAGGCUUCAAGACAGAGCAUUGCCUGGACUGAAAUGCCAGACAAGAGCGGAUCUGAAAACACUAUUAUAGAAGAGGAUGAGGAGGAAAACUCGUACAAAAAAGAGCUGCUAAGUUUAAUUGAGUUAUUAAAGCAGAGAUUGGUUGAAGAGCGGCAGAAGCAGAUACUGAUGGAAUCCAAAAUAAGGGAAGAAGUGUGCAACGAAAUGGCCCAGCAACUUAAUAUUGGAUCUGAAGACAGUAUGAUCAACAAGCAGAUGUAUGUGAUGCAAGAAGAAAAAUGCAAGAGAAUUGAAAUGUACAUGCAGUCAGUUAAAAAAAAUUGCAAACGUGCUGGCAUAGAAAAUGACGAUGACAAGUGGGUUUCUAGUAAAUUAUUACAUGCAGAGAAAAUGAAAGUCAAGGAAAGAGAUGAAAGAAUUGAGAUUUUAAAUAACAUGGUCUCAUCUUUGCAAGAGAAGGCUAAAUUGAGCAAAGAGUUGGUGGCCGGAGAUGCAAAGUCAACUGAUGAAUCUACUGAGGUUUUGAAAAAACAAGUCAGUGAGAUGCGCCAGACAAUCCUCAAACAACAGUCAGAGGUCACUGAACUUCAGCAGACACUGCAUGAUGAGUUUCAUGCCAAGAAGGAAGAGAUUCAGAGAUUAAAGGAGAAGAUAACAGAGGAUAGCGAGACAAUGGAUGGACAGAAGCAAGCCUUGGAAGAUUUACAGCAAGCACAUCAGGAGAGAAACAAGAUGUUGGAAGCAGCUAAUGUAAAGCUUCAAGACCGUGACAGAACAAUUGAGAACAUGCAACAGGAGGUGCUACAACUGAAGCAAUCCCACAAAACUGAUAAUUCUGUACUGCUACCUAAAGGAGACGAAACUUGUGUCCUUGAAGUCAAUGAAAUAAUGGUUGAAAACAAAUGCUUAGAAAAAAAACAAAAACAAAUGACAGAGCUUGUAAAGAAAAUCAGAAGAAUAGAAAAUGAAAAGCUACAUCUUGCAGAGGAACUGGAGCAAGUAAAGGAAUUAAAUGGAAAAUUGACAAAGACAGAGCUGAAGUCUGAAGAAUACCAAAGAAAGCAAGUAGGAGAAUUAAAGGAGAAGUUGAAAAAAAUGCAAAGUGACAGCGAUCACAUACAUUACUUAUACAUAGAGAAGGAAAAAAUAGUGAAACUGAAUGUAGAAAUUAAAGAGAUGGGUGAGGAGAAACUAAGAAAAGCUCAAGAAAUAAAUGAAAAAGUGAUGAAGUCAAAAGAAGAAAUAAAACUGCAAGUAGAAGAAUUACAAAAGAAGAUUAAGGAGGUGAAAGAAGUAAAAGAACAGGAAGUAAACCUAUUGAUUGAGAAGAUGAGGAAGGUACGAGAACAGAAAGAAGAUAUUGAGGGUGUGAUGGUUGAGAAAGAAAAUCAGUUACAGGAAUCUCUAAAGAAAGUGAGAGAAGUAACGGUAGAAAAGGAAAUUAAUGAUAGGUUAUUUGCCGAUAAAGAAAUGGAACUGGAAGAGAAAGUGAGAAAGUUGAAAGAAAUUAACGAAAAAGGCCAUGUAGAAAUAUGCAAAAAGAUUAGUAACCUCAUUAAAGGGAAGCAAAAGAUGAAGGAAAAGUUAAAUGAAAAAGAAACUGAGGUGGAGAGUUUGAAUGAGAAGAUAACUAUGCUGAAUGAAGAAAAUGCCAAGUACGAAGAGGAAUCCAAUGAGUUGCAGAAGUUAACUGAAGAAAAGGAAAGGUUGAAGAAAUUGUUAAUGGACAAAGACAGACAAGCAUGUGAAAUACAUGGAAAAUUUGAAAAUCUGGAUAAAGAAAACCAACGACUUCAAGAACUACUUGCAGAAAAAUGUAAAGAUGUGAGUGAGUUAAAGGAGACCAUAAAGAAGCAAAGUGAGUGCAAGCGUCUGAAAUUGGAAUGUGUCAGAGGUUUACUAAAUGAGAAAAAAAAUGAACCAGAGGCUUUCAGACUGAAGAAGAACACUAUGAAUGAUGACACCAGCAGAAUUGAAAUAAGUGUCACACCGCUUCAGAAAAAGAAAACAUGGAAACGGCAGGGAAGGAAGAGGAAAGCAAUAGUUAAUAGUGAUGAGAAUGGUUUCCAAUCAAAGACAUCUAAAAAGCAACAGCCUCCUCGACCCCAAAGAAGGACGCGAGCCACAAAGACGGAAGAGGAGAUGGAAAACAAACCAGCUGUAAUAGAACCAAGUCAUUCGCCUGGAUCAGAAUCAAUCUGUAGACGAAACAGAAAACAAGCUGCCUUAACAAAUUUAGGUGAUAUGUUUCACAAUAAAGCUAACAAGAUAGCUGACGCUGCAUCAAGCAUCACAACACCACAGAAGUCCCCUCCCAGGAUCGUGGAAAUCUAUCAGCCAGGCACAGAAAAAAAGAAGAAACGCAAGCUUUACACCUAUAUAUCUACCCCAUUUGAAUGCAAUCCACAUGAGGUUAUUUAUCACACAAAAGUAGCAGACAGUUCUCAUGGAAUUGUGACAAAGAAACUUAAAGAUCUAUGCAGUCAAAGGUCCAAGUAAAGCAUAAUAGUUGUCCCGCUCUCCUAUCACCCUAACUUUGUUUUGGUGUAUCCUAGUAUGACUAAAAAAAUACCAUUUUUAACAUUUUGAACUUUGACCUACAUUUUUAAUUUUAUGAAUUGAUUAUGAGGCUUUUAAAUAUUAUUUUCUUAUUUACUAUCUAAUUAUGUGCAUUUUGACACCAAGAUCAGCCAUUAGGCCUAAAAAAAAAAUGGUUUGUUUGAUGUCACAUUGUAAAUAUUUCAGUGAAGGGGCGGGUGGAAAAAAGUUAAGUUUUUUUUUUUUUUUUUUAAAGAAAAAUACCAAAACUGUCUUUAUAAAUGUUUGUAAAUGUCAUUAGGGGUGGGAUAAAAAAGUUUUUUUUUUUAAAAUAUACAGUAUAAACUGAAUAUAUUUCCCUGGUCAAGCUCACCAGUUUCAUUUGAUAUUGGUCAUGUUGGUAUCUCAGCAUAUGUGUAUGAUUUUUUAUUUAGUUUUUUGUGAAAGUUUGAAUUUCAAUAAAGAAAUGAAUGAACACAAA